AUGCUCUCGCCCAGCAAAGCGGAUCUUCUGCUGCUCCCUCCCUUUGACGAGUCGCGUCGUCACUCUGGCUCCACUGCCUCGCUCCUCUCGCUGCGUUCGGCGGCGUCCAAGAGCAGCGCGUCGUCGCACGUGCCACCUCCACCGCCGCAAGUGACGCCCAUGUCGCGCAACUCUUCGUCGUCUUCUUCUUCCAGCAAGGCACGCGCGGGCAUUUGCUUCUGCGGCAAGCCAGCCGCGUCCGACCGCGAUGACGACGACGCGGGUGAGGACGAGGAGGCCAUCUACUGCGGUCGGCAAUGCGCGCGUCAGGAUGCCAUGCAAGCUCUCCUUGCCCGCUCGCAAGGCGACGACAAGAAGGAAGAGCCGCAUACACCCCAGCGGCAGAUCCUCCAGGACAAAAAGGUGGAGAACCAGAAUCCCGUGCACAAGCUGCCUCGGAAACCGGUCCCGAGUCUAGUCUCGAGCAAGCAGGCAGCCUCGUCAGCCAAGGCCCGGAUUGUCAAGAGGGCCAGCGUAACUCUCUCGAAGCGAUAUCCAGGCCUCGACCUAUCGAUGCUGGAGCCGCAGAUCGAGGAGCCAGAAGAAGAGCAGAGAGAGGACGUCGAGGAGCGAAGGCAAUCGUCGAUGCUCGGCGUCAACCUCUCACUUCGGCUCAGCAUGAUGGGCACGAGCCACUAUCGCAGGAUGGAGGCCCUCUCGUCGACGGACUUGCUGUCGCUUUCGGGGUCGGCGUGCUCGAGGUCAUCGUCAUGCUCCUCAAUGGACUCGAGGGAGAGCUCCACAUCUUCUCGCGACCAGUUUGUCUCUCCUCUGCCCGGACCCGAGCCCAGCCUCAUUUCGGAGCCCUCGGAGCGUGAAAAGGCGCGCAUCGCGGCCCUCGAAGCGCCACAAAAGGCCCGCGCCCGCCACGCUCGUAACCAAGCCGCAGCACCUUCUCCAAGCGACAUUGCUCAGCUCCUUCGCGAUGCCGGGGACGACUACGAUGGCGCAGAAUCUGCUCACCCUGGCCACCAGGCAAAACGCUCCGAUGCCUCGGAUCUGAGCCGGAGCUCCAUCGUCUCUUCUCUCUUCGACGAUGCCGGGCAGCACAUGAGGAUGGAUUCGAUGGAUCGUCUGGGUGUCCGAAGCAGGGGAACCACCGUUUCCACACAUGAUGGCCAAGAGCGAGUCAACAUCUCGAUGCUGCUGAGCAAGCGCAUGUCAAGCCGUCAGCUCCACGAUAAGGCGAGCACAGCAAAGAUGGGCGAAGGCUACAACGGCUUAGAGAGCGCCAACGUCGAGCGGCUGCGUCGAGAGCUUCAAAUGCUCGACGACGAGCUCACCAGGACAUUCGAUGCCUUUGAAUUCGACGACGAUGAGUACCAGGACUUGAUGGGCGGCGACAAUGGUGAUGAUGGCCUCGACGCCCGCUCUUUUGUCGAAGAGGACGAGGAAGACGAACUCGAGCAGCCGUACGAGUCUCCCGUCGGCAGCAACAGAGGCUCGCCGAGCCCGAACUUCCUGGGCCUCGAUCUUGGCACGGAGCAAGCACCGCUUCCCCCUCUCGUCGAAACAGCACAUCAGGAAAUCGAUCUUAUUCACCAAGACGCCGCACCUACAAAGUCGCAAUUUGAGGACGAAGACUCCCCAGACCGUUGCGCUGCUCCUUCGCCGGGCAGCGCGAAGAGCAAGCUCAAGUCACUCUGGAGAAAGGGCUCGCAGCCUCGCCUCUGCCCUUCUCUUGGCAUAAGCUCAAGCAUGGAGCUGCCUGCCUCGCCAUCGUCACCCACAAAGCGCCUUGCGACGCCCGGCGCAACGAGUCAGCAGGAGAGAGAGACAAGGGUCGCCGACCGACUGGCGGACCGCCUCGAUGCCGUCCUACGGGGACGGUGGGGACUGGUGAAGUCCUUCAGCUCGGCUCAGUCUCCACCUUGA